GGCGGCCGCAGAGUCCCGGAGCCGCGAGCCGGGAGCGCCGAGCCCGGAGCCGCGAGCCCAGCGCGCCGGGCUGGGGCCGGGGCCGGAGCGGAGGGAGAGGGAGCGCGCCCGCCCCAGCCCCCAGUCCCGCCGCCUUCGCUCCGCCGCCGCGGCGCCCCAGCCAUGGAGCAGGACAACAGCCCCCGCAAGAUCCAGUUCACCGUGCCGCUGCUCGAGCCGCACCUUGACCCCGAGGCCGCCGAGCAGAUUCGGAGACGCCGUCCUACACCUGCCACCCUUGUGCUAACCAGUGACCAGUCAUCUCCAGAAGUGGAUGAAGACCGGAUCCCCAACCCACUUCUCAAGUCCACUCUGGCAAUGUCUCCACGGCAACGGAAGAAGAUGACAAGGACCACACCCACAAUGAAAGGGGAGACCACAUAUCCCAGCAAGUCAGGAGUACCUGAGCUCCAGACAAUGGUUGAACAUCACCUGGGGCAACAGAAGCAGGGAGAGGAGCCUGAGGGAGCCACGGAGAGCACAGGGACCCAGGAGCCCUGCCCACCUGGGAUCUCAGGCACAGAAGCGGAGUCAAGGCUGGGCGUCCAGGGGACAGCACAGAAAUCUGCAGGAUCCAUCCCUAAAACUCAGGAGAGGAGCAGGAAGCAGCCUAGCACAGAGGAACCCACAUCCCAUAUACCACCCCUGGACUCCCAGGGAGCCGACUCGGUUUGAAAGGAGGCGGCAUCCUGGCAUCACAACAGCAUUGGGAAUGCAUGGACACUGGAUCUGUUUCUUACCUCUUCACUUUUGGGGAAAAUCUCAUUUUUAAAAAGUGAUAAAUUUGGUGUUAGGUCCUUGGCA